AUGUCGAAUCUUAUCAACAAAGCAAAGGAUACUUUGUCCAGCAACAAGGACCACAGCGCCAGCACCACCCAUGGCGGAACAGGAUCUACUGGUGCUUAUGACAACCCUCGCUCUACCAACGCUGGACCUCACGGUUCCAAUAUGGCCAACAAGGUAGAUCCUAGAAUUGACUCCGACCGAGACAACCGCAAUGAUCCCACAAGCCGCGUAGGAGGCUAUGGCACUCAAAACACCGGUGCUGGCGGAAUCGGUGGCACCGGCACCCACACCGGCACCCAUGCUCCUGGUGUUGGCGGGACUGGCGCUGGUUUUGGAACAGGAACUUCAACCAACGCAGGCUAUGGCACCGGUUCCGGAAUGACUUCUGGCACCCACGGCACUCACGGUGCUUCGCACGGCACCACUGGUGCUGGCUACAAUGACCCACACUCCGCCAACGCCGGGCCGCACAGCUCAAACCUUGCAAACAAGCUAGACCCCCGCGUCGAUAGCGACCGUGACAACAGAAAUGACCCAUCCAGCCGUGUUGGAGGAUACGGAACUCAAGACACAUAUGGAUCUGGAACCACAGGUCAUGGUGCAACUGGUGCUUACCAUGCAACCACCGGCACAACAACUGGUGCAGGAAUUGGUGGCACUUCAGGUGCGCAGUAUGACGACCCUCGUUCCGCAAACGCUGGUCCACACAGUUCAAACCUUAUGAACAAAGCGGAUCCCAGAAUUGAUUCGGAUCGUGAUAACAGGAACAACCCUGUGAGCAGCACUGGCGGUUAUGGUCAAACACAGACACAAGGUGCUGGAAUGACUGGUGGUACUGGCGGUGCUGGCUAUGGCACAACUGGAACCACCGGUACCCACGGUGUCGGACAUGGAGCUACUGGAGCCGCUGGUGGCUAUGGUGCUGGUAGUGGAACAGCAAAUGACGGUAGUACCACUGUUCAGGGCAUACCUUCGGAUCAAAAAGCGACCCACAACAGCCAACUCCUCAACAAGCUGGAUCCUCGUGUGAAGAACGACAAGGAAGGAAACCCUCUCCACUAA